CUGUGAUUUUGUGUGAGUAAUCGAUCUAAAUUCCUGUUUUUUUCUGCUCUGACUCACAUUUUUUUUCUGUACUUUAUUUCUCACUAUUUUAUUUAUCUUGAAACACUAUAAAAGUUUGCAAAUAGAGGAAAAAAGCCGAGCAAACGCAUCUUUUCACUUUAUCUUCCUCCUUAUCUUUUAAUCGUUCCAAGUUUUCCAUUUUUUGUUUCAGCUACACAACCACAACUUACUACAUAGCUGUUUUAAUUUUUUCCCACCCUUUUUUUCAAAUUCAACUUUUCACCUAGCUCAAUACAUUCCAAUAACAAUAACAACAACAACAACCUCUACCAAGCAAUGUCAGACACUGCCUCCAAUCCUUCGCCUACCGCAAUGAUUCAGAACCCCAUCGACAAACCCAUCUUAGUGCUCAAGUUUGGCGGAACCAGCGUUGGAAAGUUUAUCCAAAAUAUCUGCGGCCAAAUCAUUCCUGACCUGUUAAAGACACACCGGGUCAUCGUGGUUUGUUCGGCGCGGAGCACUGAUGUUAAGUCCAAGGGCACUACCACCCGCCUGGUCAAGGCCGCUGACGCCGUCCUGAGCGAGGUCGCCGGAAACCACGAGAAGGAGGUGCAGGAGAUCCUUGAAGACCAUCUGGAGGCCAUCCAGGAGAACAUGGCCUCCGAACAGAUCAAGGAUGGCGUGUCCAAAAGUCUAACGGAAGUAUGUCGACGGCUUAAAGUGUUCCUGGAUGCCGCCGAGGUCAUCAAUGAGGUGUCGCCAAAGUCCAAGGACAUCAUCGUGGGCACGGGCGAGAAACUAGCGUGUGAGUACGUCGCUGCAAUCUUGCAGGACAAGGGCAUUGAUGCAAAGUACGUCAACCUGGAGAAGGUUAUCGAUCGCCACUUUGAUGCCAAACACCUGGACCAGACCUUCUACGACUACCUGGCCCAGCGUCUGGCCACCGUCGCCAGGGCCUGCGGCGACAGUGUGCCGGUUAUGACCGGAUACUUUGGCCCGUGCCCUGGCAGCAU